UCUACCCUGAGCGGAGGCGGCUCCGCUCGCUUGCGGGGAAACCGACACGUUAGCGGAGCGCACCUUCGGCGGCGGCGUCCGGCUGCCGCAGCGGCACGAGAGGGAGGAUGGCGGAGGCCUCGGAGAGGCUUUACCGAGUGGAGUACGCAAAGAGCGGGCGCGCCUCUUGCAAGAAAUGCAGCGAGAGUAUUCCCAAGGACUCCCUCCGCAUGGCCAUCAUGGUGCAGUCACCCAUGUUCGAUGGUAAAGUCCCACACUGGUACCACUUCUCCUGCUUCUGGAAGGUAGGCCACUCUAUCCGGCAGCCUGACGUUGAGGUGGAUGGCUUCUCUGAGCUGCGCUGGGAUGAUCAGCAGAAGGUCAAGAAGACGGCAGAGGCUGGAGGAGUGGCAGGCAAAGGCCAGGAUGGAAGUGGCGGCAAGGUGGAGAAGACAUUGGGUGACUUUGCAGCGGAGUAUGCCAAGUCCAACAGGAGCAUGUGCAAGGGCUGCCUGGAGAAAAUAGAGAAGGGCCAGAUGCGCCUGUCCAAGAAGAUGCUGGAUCCAGAGAAACCGCAGCUGGGUAUCAUUGACCGCUGGUACCAUCCGACUUGCUUUGUCAAGAACCGGGAUGAGCUGGGCUUCCGGCCUGAGUAUAGUGCCAGUCAACUCAAGGGCUUUAGCCUCCUCUCUGCAGAAGACAAAGAGGCUCUGAAGAAGCAGCUCCCGGCAGUCAAGAAUGAAGGAAAGAGAAAAGGUGACGAGGUGGAUGGAACAGAUGAGGUGGCCAAAAAGAAGUCUAAGAAAGGAAAGGACAAGGAUAAUAGUAAGCUGGAGAAGGCCCUCAAGGCUCAGAAUGAGCUGAUCUGGAAUAUCAAAGAUGAGCUGAAGAAAGCGUGUUCCACCAACGACCUGAAGGAGCUGCUCAUCUUCAACCAGCAGCAAGUGCCGUCAGGAGAGUCAGCGAUCCUGGACCGAGUUGCUGACGGCAUGGCAUUUGGGGCCCUUCUGCCCUGCAAGGAGUGUUCAGGCCAGCUGGUCUUUAAGAGUGACGCUUAUUACUGUACUGGGGAUGUCACUGCUUGGACCAAGUGCAUGGUCAAGACACAGAAUCCCAGCCGAAAGGAGUGGGUAACUCCGAAGGAAUUCCGUGAAAUAUCCUACCUCAAGAAGUUAAAGGUCAAAAAACAGGACCGGAUAUUCCCUCCAGAGAGCAGCGCCCCAGCACCACUGGCACCGCCCGUCUCCGUCACCUCAGCACCCACAGCUGUGAACUCCUCUGCUCCAGCAGACAAGCCCCUGUCUAACAUGAAGAUCCUGACUCUCGGGAAGCUCUCCCAGAACAAGGACGAAGCAAAGGCCAUGAUUGAGAAACUCGGAGGCAAGCUGACAGGCUCCGCCAACAAGGCCUCCUUGUGUAUCAGCACUAAAAAGGAGGUGGAGAAGAUGAGUAAGAAGAUGGAGGAAGUGAAAGCGGCCAACGUUCGAGUUGUAUGUGAGGACUUCCUCCAGGAUGUGUCUGCCUCCACUAAGAGCCUCCAAGAGCUGCUCUCGGCCCACAGCUUGUCCUCGUGGGGGGCUGAGGUGAAAGCAGAGCCUGGUGAAGUGGUGGCCCCCAAGGGGAAGUCAGCUGCGCCCUCCAAGAAGAGCAAGGGUGCUGUCAAGGAGGAAGGUGUCAACAAGUCUGAAAAGAGGAUGAAAUUAACUCUGAAGGGAGGAGCAGCCGUUGAUCCUGACUCUGGUCUGGAACACUCUGCACACGUCCUGGAGAAAGGUGGGAAGGUGUUCAGCGCCACACUUGGCCUGGUGGACAUUGUGAAAGGGACGAACUCCUAUUACAAGCUGCAGCUCCUGGAGGACGACAAGGAGAGCAGAAGAUUCCACUGGAAUCCACGGGAUGAAGAGGCAGUAAAAAAACUGACGGUGAAGCCUGGCACCAAGUCGAAGCUGCCGAAGCCAGUGCAGGAGCUUGUGGGGAUGAUCUUUGACGUGGAGAGCAUGAAGAAGGCCUUGGUGGAGUACGAGAUUGACCUUCAGAAGAUGCCCUUGGGGAAGCUGAGCAGAAGGCAGAUCCAGGCCGCCUACUCCAUCCUCAGUGAGGUCCAGCAGGCAGUGUCUCAAGGCAGCAGUGAAUCCCAGAUCCUAGAUCUCUCCAAUCGCUUCUACACCCUGAUUCCCCAUGACUUCGGAAUGAAGAAGCCGCCACUCCUGAACAAUGCAGACAGCGUGCAGGCCAAGGUGGAGAUGCUGGACAACCUCCUGGACAUUGAGGUGGCCUAUAGUCUUCUCAGGGGUGGGUCUGACGACAGCAGUAAGGACCCCAUCGACGUCAACUAUGAGAAGCUCAAAACCAACAUUAAGGUGGUGGACCGAGAUUCUGAAGAGGCCGAGGUCAUCAGGAAAUACGUGAAGAACACUCAUGCUACCACACACAACGCCUAUGACCUGGAAGUGAUAGACAUCUUUAAGAUAGAGCGCGAGGGAGAGAGUCAGCGCUACAAGCCCUUCAGGCAGCUUCACAACAGGAGGUUGCUGUGGCACGGCUCCAGGACCACCAACUUUGCCGGCAUCCUGUCACAGGGUCUGCGGAUAGCCCCACCUGAAGCACCUGUGACAGGCUACAUGUUCGGGAAAGGGAUCUACUUUGCCGAUAUGGUGUCCAAAAGUGCAAACUACUGCCACACAUCUCAGGGAGACCCGAUUGGCUUAAUACUGCUGGGAGAGGUUGCCCUUGGAAACAUGUAUGAACUCAAGCAUGCUUCACAUAUCAGCAAGUUACCCAAGGGCAAGCACAGUGUCAAAGGUUUGGGGAAAACCACCCCUGACCCUUCAGCCAGCAUCACCCUGGAGGGUGUAGAGGUUCCGCUGGGAACAGGGAUCCCAUCUGGUGUCAACGACACCUGCCUGCUGUAUAACGAGUACAUUGUCUACGACAUUGCUCAGGUGAAUCUGAAAUACCUGCUGAAACUCAAGUUCAAUUUUAAGACAUCCCUGUGGUAAAGUGCGAGGGGUGGGCUGUGCCCAGCACCCAGGGUCUAAGGGGCAAUUCCCCCUAGUGCCUCUGCACCAGACACCACAAAACCUCAGCCAUGCUGCCGCCGAAGGGUGGCACCCUCACCGAAUCUCCUUAGGAAGGGUUUUAUACAGACAGGUUAAAGGGCUCUGGUUUCAAGUCCCUUGUCCAUGCUGCACUGGGGUAGGCCAGUUGUUUGUAGUUUAUCCUACCAGCCACAGCCCCAUAGACAGACACAGCUGGCAGUAGAGCAAAAGUUGGGGAGAGGUUUUUGUUGUUUGCCUAGACUAGUCCUGAGGGAGGAAACGCGCCACGUCACAGUCACAAUGUCUGCCUUACUGGCUUCCCCAGGGAAGGAAAAAUGUGCUUCCUCCCUUCUUUCAAGGGUUCAUCUUUGGUUUGAUUUUGGCAAAAUGUUAAGCAUUUAUUUUGAGCUAAAAAUAAAAAUUAAUUUCAUACUAUAUAGAUUUUCUUUUUUAUCUUAUAUGUCCCCCUCUUAGUCUGCUGGGCUUUUGUUUUACUUGGUUUUCAGUGGUAGACAUGGGAUAACCAAAAGAAGGGACUACUGAGCCUGUAGUGUGGUCAGUUCAAAGUUGCAUUUGGGAUUCUGUGUCUUCCAAAUUGAACCGUCUGUAAUCAGUACAGCCACCCAAAGGGCUAAUAGUUCUCAAUUAAAAUGCAAAUGGAUAUCUA